AUGAAGGGUGUCGAUAGCUUUCCAGCUGAUCGUGAAGGGAUGACACACAAGCCAAUCAUAACAUGUGCUGGAGAUUGGAAUUUAUUUUGCACAUUGGAGGCCCCUUUGGUUGCUGCAAUACCUCAAGAUUCUUGCGAAUGGAGGAGGUCAUAUGGUCGCAUCACUAAAUCAGUGUUUUUAGAAGCCACCUUUACUAAAUAUAAUAAGGAUAAAGUGCAGUCAGAACUGAACCUUUUAAAGCGCCCAAUUUUACAUAUUUACUGGACAGAUUGUGUGGAUAUAGAAUAUUAUAAAACUACUUUAAGAGAAGAGAUAGAAACAUGGUUAAAACAAAUGGAAAAGAAUGGUGUAACAGACUGGAUGCUAGUGUUAGUAGAAACUUAUGACAUACGGAAAACUAACAAAUUGCUCCCACGAACUACAGUUUUAGACAAGAUAAAAGGUGAUUUUGCUGUAAAGCAAACAGAAGAUAGAUUUCUUUCUGUUAUAAAUCCAAUAAAAUCUGAAGCAAGAAGUGCAGAGUCAUGGCGAUCAUUAGUAGCAAAAAUAAGACAUUUUGUUCUUGUAGCGUAUAACAAAACUUUAAUUAAGUUUGAGGAGUAUAUGAGAGAACAAAGGGAGAAGCGAAACGACCCUGAGUGGGAUUUUUGUACAUAUUUUAUUUUGCAGGAACAAUUAGCAUUUGUAUUAGAAAUGCUUGGUUUAUAUGAAGAAGCUCUAGUCCAGUAUGAUGAGUUAGAUGCUUUGUUUUCCCAAUUUGUGCUCAAUUCCAAUGUUGCUGAGAGUCCAAAAUGGCUUGACACAUUUAGGCAACCUAUUACUUCCUGGCAAGCAGUGCGUCUAACAGCUUUAGUGCCUCAACAUCUUAGAGAGCUUAUUAUAAAGAAAAAAGCUUCUUUGUUGGAUUUCCGAAGUUAUCUUUUUCAACGUCAAAGUGCCAUGUUAUUGUUAAUGUAUAAGCCUUGGGAGAUUGCGUCACGUUGUCUAAGUACAGUCCAUAAUACAAUAGUGGAGUUGUCUCUUUUGGGUGCCACCGCAGUGGAAGGUGCUGCGGCCUGCUGGGCACAGUUAGCGUGUGCGGAGACGUUACGUGCGUGCGAACGCCUUGCAGCUUCUGCCUCAGCUUCUUCUGGCGGGAAUAAUGCUGUAGAAUUGUGCACUGCUACUCAGGCUCCACUCCUACACCACGCUAAGGACAAGUUGCAUGAACUAGGUAAACUAUGUGGUCUCUUACCUGGCUCACCUGAUCCUACAUCAGAACAACUGCACUUAGUAGUCAUGCUGUCAGCGGGGAUGGGUGACAGUGAACCGAACAAUGCACAACCAACACCAACUGACAGAUUGAAACAAGCUCUGUGUAGCAAGACCAGUUUCCAGCAAUACUACCUCGAGUUGGCCGAAUUGGCAAUGGGUACAUAUAAGCAUAUUGGAAGACUAAGGUUUGCCCGGCAAAUAGGUCGUGAUCUAGCAUCAUUUUACUCAGAGUUGGGUGAGACAGGAAAGGCCGUGGUUUUUUUAACUGAUGCGUUACGAUCUUAUGAAGAGCAAGGCUGGAAGGACCUCGCUGCACAGACGCGAUUAGAACUAGUAGCAGCUGCCAAAAAGAUGAAUGAUGUAGAUAGGUAUAUAAAGCUCUCUGCAAGGAUAGCAAGCACAGCUGAAUUGGAGAUUCUAGUCAGAAAUUUCUAUUUUGAAGAUAUGAUGAAAUCUAUCCGAGAGAAUCUCUCAGACAGACGCGAUCCUGUAUUGACGGAGCUCAACGAUUGUUUCAAAGUUGUUUCCGCAACGUUACUGCCGUCCGAACGUGGUGUUUACAUCACUGAUAAUAAAGUUCAAUGUCGUUUGGUUAUUGAAAGUAAUUUACCCAAAAUUGUAGUAUGUACACAAGCUUCAAUUAGUACGCAUAUUUGUAAAGAGGAGAAACAGACAGAGAGACGGACGCCGGUCAAAAGUUAUAAGACUGAUUUAAGUGUUAAUAGUAGUGUAGGAAUGCAGAAUAAUUCACCGAAGAAAUCGACAGGGGAAGCCACCGUCGAAAAUGACACUAGUGAUCUAAUAAAAAGUAUAAGACUGGACGAUUUAAAACCUAAGAAUCCUUUACUCAAUCCGCUUCACUUUACCUCAAAAUUGCACUACAAAGAAGACAAAAGUCUACAAAAAACUACAGUCGAGUGCCAAAAUCCCAAAGCAACAUUAAAACGUUCUGAAAGCACUAAGUAUCGCAAACCAUCGGUUACUGUAAGAAAUGAUUUUGAAAGUGCCCUAUGUUGUAAUAAUAUUACAUUAACUCCAGGAAUAAAUGAAAUAUGUGUUGAGUACGUCGCAAGGAAAUGUGGCACUUUUAAACUUGGACAGAUUUCCUUGCUAAUAGAAGAGAAAUUGGAGUUUUUAUCCAAUGCGUUAAUGAGUACGAAAAUGGGUUACGACGUGAUCACUCAGGGCAUUAAUGUUUAUUUAAAUAAAGUAGAGCCAAAGAAAGAUUUGGUGGCUGGUCUGGAACAUGAUAUGGAAUUGGUGGUUACAAGUGGAAGUACCCGUAUUGGAGAGAAUGCAUCUAUCCAUCUGAAAACGUCAACUGGUAUGCUUAUCCGGUUUGCGAAGGACCUAUCGCCGAUGUCCAGAGAGUUAGACAUACCUAUACCAGCGUGUGACGCGUUUGAGACUACGCGUGUUCCAUUAAGGUUGUUUGCCAGUUUGCAGCCACGGAGGGAGAAAACCGUUGAACAUACUGUCUGGUUAAAUUGUCCGUGGUGGGAAGCGGUAACUGAAGUCCCCCUCCAUUUUUCACCUCCCAUGAUAGCUUCUUGGCGUCUGUUUACUUCUAACACCAGAAAGUUCAUUCAUGUGACCGUUAAGUCGACCGUUGCUCAUCUUAUACAGUUCAUAUUGACAGAGCCAAAGCUGGAGUGCGAUGGAAAUACAACUUUGUCGGAUUUGAAUCCGAAGAAUGUUGGGGAUAUGAUGGUAGCAUCAGAUGGCACAACAGCAUCAUUUAUGUGGGAGUUACUCAAAGAUCCCUUAGUCAAAGCCGGGCCUAUGAAGGCAACCUUCACAGUACAGUACCGUCCAACAAACGUCGAGGGACCACUUCGAUCGUUCGUAUGUCCGUUCGAUAUACAGGAUUACACGACGCUGUUCGUUAUACGGACUAAGUUAGAGCCUGGGAAGGGAUCGGACUUCUGUCGUGCUUCGCAAGUAUGCUGCUUGCAACUUAGCGUGCAAAGAGUUAAUGAAACUGAAUAUACUUCGCUUAUGUAUGAAGUUCUGGCGGAUCAAACAAUGUGGGCCGUGUUAGGGCGAACUGCAGGAGUAAUAACAAUGGAGAGCAACACGGGUGAACCGCAGCUGGUGAUUUUAGAUGUGAUGCCGCUAGUCGCAGGCUACCUGCCUCUACCCACCGUCAGACUCUCCAAAUAUAUACCAGCUAAUACCAAAGAUCCAAAAAAAGACAUCUCAACUCAUCCACGUCUCGAACCAUUCAGUCCGGGACAAGUGUACCACGCGGGUAAAGCCAAGCAAGUACACGUAUUACCACCCGCACCGAAGGAACACAUCGACACCGCUUCAUGA